AUGGCUCUAAAGAAGAUAAUGGGCCACGUGUUGUGCUUACUGCCAUUCUUCCUGUACUGCGUAUGUGGAUGCGUGAUGGCUAAUCUAGAUAAAGGUUCUACUGGUAUUCAGAGUGCCCCUGGAUUUGGUGGUGUUGCUGGUGGUCUUCAUCCUAAUCCUUUACAUCCCCAACCUGGUGUUGUGGGUGCUUGGCCUGGUGUUGGUANUGGUGCCACUAAUGAUCUUGAGAGAAUGGCUGCUGAGCAUCAGAAACAUGUUGAUGAGAUUAAGAAAAAGACUGCUGACGUUGAAGCCAAGUUUAAUGCUCAGCUUGGUAGUAUUCGUACUCCACCUGAAGCUACUCGUAUUGCUGCUGAUAAUGAGAAAGCGCUUCGUGAAGCUGGCAUUACGAUUUCUGGUGAAAAUGGUGGAGCUGCGGGAGCGAAGAGUGAAGGGAAGAAUGCAGCCAGCGUCAGUUCUGUGUGGAUGCGUGCGUCUCUACUGAUUGUGGUUACACUGGCCUGUAUUCUUGUGUGCUGA